CAUGCUUCCUGUUACUCUCCCUUCCCUUCAAAUCAUGUUUAGUCUUCUACACCGGAGAUUUUUCCAUUCGUCGAGUCGUCUACCGAAGAAGAAACGCAUCGCGGAGCAGAGAUGGCUCGCCCGACAGUCAAACGAUCCUUACGUCAAAGCUUCGCACGCCCUAAACUUUCGUUGCCGGAGCGCCUUCAAGCUGCUGGAAAUCGACGACAAGUUCCGCCUCCUGCAGCCGGGAUGCGGCGUUGUGGACUGCGGUGCGGCGCCCGGAGCCUGGAGCCAGGUGGCCGUGCACCGGGUCAACUCAGCGGGGACCGAGUCAACAUUACGCCGGGGUACUGUCGUCGGUAUUGACCUGCUAAACAUACCGCCUCUGGACGGCGCCCACUUCCUGUCCAGCCACGAUGUCGCCGACCCCGCCACACACGCCAAGCUGCCCGACCUCCUUCCCGGCGGCCGGGCUCACGUCCUCCUGAGCGACAUGGCGCCCAACGCCAGCGGCUUCCGGGAGCUGGACCACGAGAGGCUGGUCGGCUUGUGCUCGUUUCUGCUGGACUUGGCCGAGAAGAUUUUGCGCCCCGGAGGGUCUCUGCUGUGCAAAUAUUGGGACGGCGCUCUGGCCUGUCAGCUCCAGGACAAACUCUGUCUCGUGUUUGGGAGCGUUCAGAGUUUAAAGCCGAACGCGAGCCGGAAAGACUCUGCUGAGAGGUAUUUCCUUGCUAGAAAUUACAGGAAACCUGUCAAGGGGUAGACUUUAUUACCUCCACCAAGGACAAUAUAUUUUCUUUGUGAGUUUCUGCAUAUAUUUUCUUGUGUGCAACUUAAUGGCUACAACCUGAAUUUUUGUAUCCAUGUAUCCAAAUCUGAGGGAAUUCAAGUGUGCUUUGUUUUUACAAUCACAAACUCCAUGUCAUCCAGAUCUGGUCCAGAUUUGACCAUAAUUGAAGUCGUCCAGCAAAAAUUAAAUUGAACAUGUUUUUGACUUUUGUACUCUGUCUGUCAAAUCAGCUUGUCAUUUGUGUUUUUUUGUAAGGGUUUUUGUUGGUAAACAAAGUUAGUAGAACCGUGAAAUUCCUCCUGGUCGAUCAGCAAAUAGUGAGAAAUGAAUCUCUUCUAAUUAAUAUAAAAGAAAAGAAUGUGUCGUGAGUUUUUUUGUUGUUGUAAUUUUUAGAAAUAUAAUGACAUAACAUAUUGUGAAAUGGUUA